ACAAAAUCCUCCUCAACAAUCCUGAUCACGCUCAACAGUCUUAAACAAAGACGUUAUCAUUCAACAUGAGAGCCCUCAUUUUGCUGGCAUUAGUCAUUGGAGUGGCCUACUGCGCUCCGCAAUUGAUGUAUUAUGAGCUAAAGUACAAACCUGUCCUCGCUCCACAGGCUCUUCCUGCGGCCGCUGCUGCAGCUAGACCUUCUGAAGUCGAAAUUCUUUUGGCAGCUCAGCAGGCUGUAGCUGGAGUUCCUGGUCAACCUGUACGCGGCUUCAUUAAGCAUGAGAUUCCCCAGCCCGCAGGCAAAGAAAGUGUUGAAGUUUUGUACCCAUUCCGCUUUCCUCAACCUGCUCCAGCUGCUCCAGCUGCUCCUGCUGUUCCUGCUGCCCCUGCUGCCCCAGCCCCUGUUCCAAAGGACGAUGAUGAUGAUCAUGAUGACUAAACCAGAUUGAUGAACAGAUAAGCUGACCACCAAUUCCUGAACAUCAAAGAAACUGCUUGUAGUGUUUAGCAAAUUGACUGCGCAAAUGCUUUUCCGCAUCAGAAAUAAUGAUGAUCAAUCAAAUGGUGCUUUCUCAGUGGCUUGAUGCACGAGAGCCAUAAAAAUCACAGCUUUUUUGCAACCAUUUUUUAAAAUCUUGAUUUAUUAUAAACUGUACAAUCAAU